CUUAUCAAGAAGAUUAGCUCCUUAUCAUGAUUAAGCUUUAAUACGAAGACUCAUUUCUUGACUAAGACUUGACUUCAAUGGCGAUUCUAAAACCCUAAGCGAGAAUCCAAAAAUGAGUGAAGAAGAUCACAUUGCUUAGGUGAAGAAGUCUCCGAAGAAUCUCUCAAAACUAUCUUCGUCUUCUCUUACAAUUCCGACGAACAGAGAUUUCCAUUCUCUCUCCAAGUCCGACGAGUUCAAGCGUCCGAUCGAUGAGUUAGCUUGGAGCUCGCAGUCUGUUCUUGAGACGAUUGGUGGUAAGAAAUCGAUGAGAUUUGAUGAUCCCAUGGAUGAGUUCAAGAGGAAUCGAAAGAUGGAGGAAGAUUCGAAGAAGGUAAUCGAUGUGAAAGUGGCUGAGAGUGAUAAGGGAUUCGCGAAAUUUGGCAAGGCAGAGGUUCCGUUUCAUAUACCGACGUUAACGAAGCCUCAAGAGGAGUAUAAGAUUUUGGUAGACAAUGCUAAUAAUCCUUUUGAGCAUGUUUUGUUGGAGAAGAGUGAAGACGGUCUUCGGUUCAUUCAUCCACUGGAGGAACUAUCUGUGAUGGACUUUGUUGAUAGAAAUCUAAGUGAGAUGAGACCUGUUAAGCCUCUCCCAUUGGAAGAGACUCCAUUCAAGCUAGUUGAAGAAGUCAAAGAUCUUGAGGACUUAGCUGCUGCAUUGCAAAGUGUUGAAGAGUUUGCUGUCGAUCUGGAGCAUAAUCAGUAUAGAACUUUUCAAGGAUUAACAUGCUUGAUGCAAAUCUCUACUAGAACCGAGGAUUAUAUUGUUGAUAUAUUCAAGCUUUGGGAUCACAUUGGUCCUUAUCUAAGGGAACUCUUCAAAGACCCUAAAAAGAAAAAGGUAAUCCAUGGAGCAGAUCGAGAUAUUAUUUGGCUUCAACGGGACUUUGGCAUUUAUGUCUGCAAUCUUUUUGACACAGGACAGGCUUCAAGGGUGCUAAAGCUGGAGAGAAAUAGUCUGGAAUUUCUUCUGAAGCAUUAUUGUGGAGUUGCUGCAAACAAAGAAUACCAAAAAGCAGACUGGAGAAUAAGACCCCUUCCAGAUGUAAUGAAAAGAUAUGCUAGAGAAGAUACACAUUAUCUUUUGUACAUUUAUGAUGUAAUGCGAAUGGAGUUGCACACAAUGGCAAAGGAAGAUGAGCAAUCUGACUCUCCUCUGGUAGAGGUGUACAAGCGCAGUUAUGACGUGUGCAUGCAACUAUAUGAAAAAGAGCUUUGGACUAGGGAUUCAUAUCUUCACGUUUAUGGGGUUCAGACAGGUAAUCUCAAUGCGGUUCAACUUUCCAUUGUUGCGGGGCUUUGUGAAUGGCGGGAUCGGAUUGCACGCGCAGAUGAUGAGAGCACCGGUUAUGUAUUGCCAAAUAAAACUCUUUUUGACAUAGCCAAGGAGAUGCCAAUUGUUGUUGCCCAGUUGCGCCGUUUGUUGAAGUCAAAGCUUCCUUACCUCGAGCGUAAUUUUGACGCAGUGAUCAGUGUCAUCAGACGAUCAAUGCAAAAUGCAGCGGCAUUCGAGCCAGUUGUUCAAUCUUUGAAAGAUAGGCGUCCUGAAACAGUGGUUGAAAUGAAUAUAGAACCUAAGAUUGAGAAAACAGACACAGGAGCUUCAGCGUCUUCUCUGAGUCUGGAGAAGGUUUGUGUGGAUGAUUCAAAGAAACAAAGCAGUGGUUUUGGAGUUUUGCCGUUAAAGAGGAAGUUGGAAAGUGACAAAACGGUGAGGUUGUUAUAUACUAUAUAGUGUGAGAAGAGAACUUUACAUAUGUGUUUUAAAACUGUAGGUUUUUAGUUAAAGGGUAUGUGCUUACCUGCUUGGUGAAAAGCAAUUAGUAGUGAUUAUAUAUGAUACUUGCUUGAGUGAAUAGAUUAGGUCAUAUAGAACCAAGUUUAUUAGGAACUAAAUCUUGCACCCUUCAAUAGCAUGUGGGCCAAAAUACUAUAACUAGAGGAGACUUAUUUGCAAGUGCUAAUUGCUAAUCCAAAUGUCUAGUAGUUUCGUGGUGCGAAACCAUGAGAUGUUACUUAAGAGCCAUGAGUCAUGACUGCUUUAUUAUUGCAUGCACUUGGUAAUUAUUUAUAGUGAAAAUUUUCUCUUUGCUCUAUGACAUUUCUUGAAUUAGGUGGUUGAAAAGAAUAUCGAACCUAAGAUUGAGAAAACAGGCACAGAAGCUUCAGCUUCUUCUCUGAGUUCGAAGAAGGUUUGUGUGGAUGAUUCAAAGAAACAAAGCAGUGGUUUUGGAGUUUUGCUGUCAAAGAGGAAGUUUGAAAGUGAUAACAAGGUAAAAGAAGAGGUCAAAGUGUCCAAGUCCAAGCCAGAUAAGGUAAUCAUAGUGGUGGAUGAUGAUGAUGAUGAUGAUGAUGAUGAGUCUUAUGAACAGAGCACGAAAGCCGCUGAUGCUUUGGACAGAGUUUCGGAAACGCCUUCGAAGGGAUCACCAUCGUUGACUCAAAAGCCGAAGACAUGUAAUACAGAGGUUAUUGUGUUAGACGAUGAUGAUGACUCGGAAAGCAGAGAAGAUGAAGACAUGCGUAGGAGAAGUGAGAAACAUAGGAGAUUCAUGAAUAUGAAACGUGGCUUUCUUAACAUUUAGAGCCCUUUCAUUAGCUUUUGUGGUACAUUAUGCAAUGUUUUGGUCGGUAUCUUCAGACAAUAGACAAUCUAUCUUGACUUGUAUGUGUAUACAACAGGUAGUCAUAUGUUUUAUAUAUGUUAAUUGAAUUUUUGAUUAACCAGAAACAAAACAUUGCUCUUAGUGAAAGCAAAUCCAGACUUGUCUGGACCAGACAUAUUUUUUAGUGGGUACGGGCAACUAUUUAAAGAAAACACUACAUGCUAUGUAAAUAUAACACAGC